GUGUGUGUGUUGGUGUUGGGUUGUGUUGGUGGUGUAUAUGUGGCAGCAGGAGGAGAGACUGCAGUGUCUUGGCAGCUGCAUUAGAGCAUCUCCCACCGUCCACGAUGCCUCCGCGGCCAAUGCCCGCCUCCUCCGCGUCCACUUGAAAACAGACACCGAUAUGAACUCGUCGGGGAACUGAGCCGGACGUUUUCACACAAGCUGAGCUGUGCAUAUGCCCCGGAGACGGCCCGAAGCGCUUCAUUCACGUACAGAAACAAAAAAGCCCCGUGACGAGAAUUGUUAAUGGAAAAUGGCGAUAGGCAAAAGGUCUUGCAGCAUCGUCUGCUUGGUAUCUAUCCAGAUUAUCUUGAUUUUCAGCGCAUCGUGGCCUGGAGCAGCGGGUCUCACGUUCCCACAGCAAUACACGAUAAUGCACUGGGCCAGGCGUAUCGAACAGGAGAUUGACAGAGUCUUUCAGCACAUCACUGGUGCUCAGCAGUUGAAAGGGAUAUACAAUGAAGAAAGACGACGGUUUAGUCUGGUGAAGAAUCAGCCUCGGAAGAUUGUGGAGAAGGUGGCCUCAGAUAUAGAGAAGCUCCUGGCUAAGAAGCGCAAAGCACUCGAUAGGCUAGCCAGUGAAGCAGAGCGGCUCCAGCGAGAGCAUCUAUGGCAGGAUGGAAUCAAGGAGCUGGACAUGGCUUAUUAUGACUCCAAGGCAGAGCUGGACUAUUACUCCAUGGAUGGAGAAGGAGAGGUGGAAAAUCCUUCGCACAUCAAGCUGGAGUUUGUUUAUGAUCCAAACUUCAAAAAUAAUGUCAACUAUUCCUACACAGCUGUUCAGAUUCCCACAGAUAUUUAUAAAGGAGCUCCAGUCAUUCUGAAUGAGUUAAACUGGACGCAGGCGCUGGAGAAAGUGUUCAUGGAGAACAGUCAGGAGGAUCCAUCGCUGCUGUGGCAAGCGUUCGGGAGUGCGACUGGUGUCACUCGCUACUACCCAGCUACACCUUGGAAAGCCCCCGAUAAGAUUGAUUUGUAUGACGUCAGGAGGAGACCCUGGUACAUCCAGGGAGCCUCAUCCCCAAAAGAUAUGGUCAUUCUUGUUGAUGUGAGCGGCAGUGUCAGUGGACUCACCCUGAAGCUCAUCAAAGCAUCAGUGACGGAAAUGCUGGACACUUUGUCUGAUGAUGACUAUGUCAACGUGGCCAGGUUCAACGAGAAGGCCGAGGCUGUGGUUCCCUGCUUCAAACAUCUCGUCCAGGCGAACGUGCGCAACAAAAAGAUCUUCAAGGAUGCAGUGCAGCAGAUGCAGGCUAAAGGCACCACUGACUACAAGUCUGGAUUUCAUUUUGGCUUCAACCAGCUGUUAAAUAAGACAAAUGUUCCUCGGGCCAACUGCAAUAAGAUAAUCAUGCUGUUUACUGAUGGAGGAGAGGACAGAGCUCAGGAUGUCUUCAUGCAGUACAACUGGCCCAACAAAACGGUUCGAGUUUUCACUUUUUCUGUGGGUCAACACAACUAUGAUGUUACACCUUUGCAGUGGAUCGCAUGCACCAAUAAAGGUUACUAUUUUGAGAUCCGGUCCAUCUGUGCUAUAAGGAUUAACACCCAGGAGUACCUCGACGUGCUGGGGCGCCCCAUGGUUCUGGCAGGCAGCGAUGCCAAGCAGGUUCAGUGGACGAAUGUAUAUCAGGAUGCUUUGGGUCUUGGCAUGGUAGUAACUGGGACUUUGCCUGUAUUUAAUCUCACCAUGGAUGGAAACUCACAGAAUCAGCUGAUAUUAGGUGUCAUGGGGGUCGACGUGCAUCUUGACGAGAUAAAGCGACUAACACCACGGUAUAAUCUUGGAGCCAAUGGAUACAUUUUUGCCAUUGAUCCUAAUGGAUAUCUUCUCCUUCACCCUAACCUUCAGCCAAAGCUGGUGAACCUCCCUGAGCCUGUGACACUGGACUUCCUGGAUGCAGAGGUGGAGGACAGCAAUAAAGAGGAGAUCCGGCGACAAAUGAUUGACGGAAGACCAGGUGAAAUGCAGGUCAAAACUCUAGUCAAGUCGAUUGAUGAGCAAUACAUUGACGAUGUGUACAGGAGUUACACCUGGACUCCUAUCAACGGCACAGAUUACAGUCUUGGUCUGGUAUUACCCACCUACAAUGAAUACUUCAUCCAGGCAGACCUGAGUGAUGUGAUGCUGCAGCUCCAGUAUAUGCAGUCGCUUCUGCCCAGCUCAUUUGAAUCCUCGGGACACGUGUUUCUGGCUCCCAGGGAAUACUGCAAACGUCUGCAUCUUUCUGACAACAACACCCAGUUUUUGCAGAACUUCCUCUCGCUCAUGCUGGACAUUUCCCCAGAAUCUGAUGAAUGUGACCAAGGCCUCAUCCACAACCUGAUUUUGGAUUCUAGGAUUAUCGGGCAGCUGGCCUCUCGUGUUUGGAAGAACAAGGACCUGAAUUCGUACGGCUUCCUGGCUGUAUUUGCGUCCACCGAUGGAGGAAUAACUCGUGUUUUCCCCAAUAUAGCUGCUGAGUUAUGGGAUGAGGAUCCCGAACCCUUCAAUUCAAAUUAUUAUAGGCGGAGCCUCGACAACAAAGGCUACAUGUUCAGAGCUCCGUCCAGGUCCUCGUUGGACGACCCUGUAGGCGCAGAAAAUGGCACCGUUGGAAUUCUGGUUAGUUCGGCUGUGGAGGUUAAUUUAGGAGGCAAACUGCUCAAACCUUCAGUGGUCGGAGUGAAGCUGGACUUGGAGGCGUGGGUGGACAAAUUUAAGAUCCUGGCCAGCAAUGUGUCAGACAGUCGACAGGGUUCGCACAAGUGUGGACCAUCCAGAAGCUGUGAGAUGGACUGUGAAGUGAACACUGACGACCUCCUCUGUUAUCUCAUUGAUGAUGGUGGAUUCCUGGUUAUGUCUAAUCAAAGAGAUCAUUGGAAAAAAAUCGGUCUUUUCUUUGGCGAUGUUGACGCUUACCUGAUGCAUGCACUCUACAACAACUCAAUCUUCAAUCGCCGUCAGUCUUUCCACUACCAGUCGGCAUGUGAACCAGUCAGCAGCAGCCAUACUGGUGCAGCACCGAGGGGCGUCUUUGUGCCCUCCAUUGCUGACAUCCUCAGCUUGGCCUGGUGGACAUCCACGGUGGCAUGGUCUGUGACCCAGCAGCUGCUAUAUGGACUCGCCUACAACAGCUGGCUCUACCAAGAUGAUCUCCUGGUUGAAGGUUUUGAGACAAGGGAAAGCAGCUGUGUGACCAUCCAAAGCCAGUUCUACUUUACAAACACCACCAACUCCUACAACAUGCUGCAGGACUGUGGAAACUGCUCACGGCUUUUCCACGCAAAGCGGAUAGAAAAUACCAACCUCCUCUUUGUAGUGGCUGAGACGCUCCCCUGCAGCUCAUGUGAGAUAGAGAGAUUGACACAGAGCCGGACAGAGUUUCAGGAGGAGAAUCCAUGCGAAGUACUGAGCAACGCACGAUAUCGUAAAGGCCCGACAUCCUGCUUUGACUACAGUGCCUUAGAAAACACAUCAGAGUGUGGACGAGCUUGUGCACUGCAGUCCUCUAUAGGAGUCCUUCUCUUUAUUCAGCUUACUCUGCCUCUUUUUCAUCUCUGACACGUGCAAACACUCUAACUGACAUCUUUCAUCUCUUUGGGUUUAGGCUCGGAUCUACUGAAGGUCAGAUCAAACAGCUACUGCAAAAUUAUUAUUUCUUUUGAUGUACAAAUGGCACACAGCGCAUUUGUGCUUGAAAAAAAUGUGCUCUUAGUGUUUAUUGCCUUAUUGCUUAUACAUUUGUUGGUGUUUCAGGGUUUGCUUGAGUGCAAAUUAUAGAAUGUGUCGAGUGUGCAUGCUACUUAAACUAAGACCAGCAUGUUUAACAUUUUUGCACACAUGCUCAGCCAUGUAAGCAACCACCAAAUAGUCAGGGAGGCAGCUGAAAUGCACUUUCAACGGGCCAAUAAGUGAUCACCCAGCAGGAACAGACGUCAGUCGCAAUUUUAGGUUUGAUUGUGUUGGUGAAAUUAUAAAACUCCGUUGAACGUAUUUGCUUUGUGGUAAAUACACAGUGGUGGAAAGAAGUAUUCAAGUUUUUCUUACGUUGCUCAAAAGAUACCAGAAAAAGUCACGUAGUCAAGAUUUUACUUCAGUAAAGGUAGAGAAGUAUGAGCAACAAUAUUAAGUUAAAUUAAAAAUACUUAUUUGACGGCAGAAUGGGUCCUAUCAGUGUUGUCGCCACAUAUCAUGCAUUAUAUUAUCAUGUUAUUAUUGCUGAUUAAUUAUUAACUAUUAAGCAUCCAUUUUAAUGUUGUAGCUCGUCAAGAUGGAGCUCGUUAUCACUACUUUAUAUGCUGUUGGGUAGUUUAUUUAUAACAAUUAUUUUUGAAAUUCAGCAUAGGUUUGUAAAAUGUUGAAAUGAAAAGUAAUUACAGCUGUCAGAUAAAUGUAGUGGAGUAACAAGUACAAUAUUUCCCUCUACGAUAUAGGUGAGUUGGAAGUAUUAAAGGUGCUCUGUGGAGUUUUCUAUCAAGCAAAGUUUUCUGUCUACAGUCGAUGUUUCUAACCAAAAGACAUUUUGUGUAUUCUUGAGGUCUAACGAAUGUGUUGAAUGCACUUCCUGCCUCAUAAAACAUUUUGAUUAAUCUUUUGAAAAUGUUGCAACUGCUUUGUUUACAUACUUGUUUACUUGUUUGCAGUCUUCUUCCCCCCUGAAUUUUCUGGCGUAUUGCAACAUUUCUUAGCGCGUCACUGCCACCCGUAGAUCAGUGGGAUAGCGUGAAACCAUUGGCGGGACUGUGUAUAUCGCGUACACAACAGCACCAAAACGUGGACCCAUGUACAAAGACAUUGGUCAGAAACUUCACAGAGUACCUUUAAAGUAGCAAAACAUGGAAUUACUUAUGUAAAGUGCAAGCAACAUCAGCAAUGCACCCAAGCUUUUUGGCAACCGCUUUGUGGAGAGAGUAGUUUGAAUUUUUAGAACUUUUAUUGUCACUCUCUGACACCAUGUUGAACAGCUCUGAAUAUAUUUAUAUAACUUUUCAGCUGUAGGAUUAACAGCAUUUGUGUGUUUGGGAUGGCUCAUUAGAUGAGGCCCACCUCAAUAGUUAUCUGUUUAUAUGGAUUUACAAUUUCCAAACAACUGCUGGGUAAAGCGAUCCAAGGCAUUUACACAACGUUAGAUUGUGCACACCACACAUAAAGCUAACUGCUACAGCGGGAAAAUGUAAAUAGAUUGACAGAAUCUGCUGAGCUCAGACGCUGCUGCUUCUGGAAACUUCUGCUUUUGUUGGCUUUGUGAAAUUGAAAAUGAAUUAUCUCUGCCAGUUCUACUUUUCAUGUCCCGUCCUGGUAAAUAUCUUUGCACAUAAAGGAGCUCCCUGCACCUUCAGCGGUUUUUACAUGAUAGUAGAUCCGGGCCUUGACCUCACAUUCACUUCAGUGUCUUUCAAUCCAACUCUGACCUUCUGCCAAGACUUUCAGUACUUUAAGUUAUAUCAUACAUGACAUGACCCAGAAUGAUUUCCUUCUGCCGUCUCAAUUACACCCUGUCUCUUUAAGUAUUUUUUGUCCCCCUAAAAAUAUUUUGACAAAGUAUGUGAGUAGUAUGCCAGUAUGAGGAAAAAUACCAGUGUUAGACCUUCAGCAAGAUUUUGUGACUUUAAAAUCAAAGUAGAUUCAUUCAUACGAGGAGCGUUUAAGUCAAGGUUUGUUGAAAUGCUUCCAGAGAUACACGGUAUGAUCUUGAAGUGCUUCCAGUUGAUAAGAAUUGUUAAAGGGUGUAAAAUCAAACAAAAACACUCCAAAUUAUCAAAUUUUAACAGUGAUUUUUUUCUUUUACAGAACUGUAGUAGUGAAUCCUCCAAACCACUGCAUGGUUUAGUGCAAUAAUGUUGUGAUAAUCUGAUUCUAGCAGUAAUUAUCAUUGCAGUCAAUUUAUAAUCAAAUUUAGAUUUUGCGUAGUUUACAUGCAGUGUUAUCUCUGUAGUCUUAAAGCACAAAACAUGUGCAGACGUCAGUGUGUGAUAGACAUGUUUUUAAACAUCAUUUAUUUGAUGGAUGGGAAGCUCUCUGUCCAUUUUUGUAUCUUGUAUCGCCACUAUUUGUCAAACCUGAAUUUAUGCACUUAUGUCUGCUUCUUUAUGGGGAAUGUAGCUUCUGAACAGCUUUCGAUGUUAUCAAUAUGUUAUCAGUAUGUGAGGCUUUUUGACCCUCUGUUGAGAUUCCCCUGAUGUCUCCUUAAAAGUGAUGAUUUGCUGUGGCGAAUAUUUUUAUUUUAUCAUGCGUACCUUGUCACAGCAGUGAUAUCUGAUUCUACUUUUUACUCAAUUAUGAAGCUGUAAAAUUCAGUAAUUUACUCACAAUGAACUGUCAGCCCAGUACUGUAUGUAUGGGGAUAUUACUACUUGAGUUUGAAGCGUUUAAAUUGUACAAUUUAUUUAAUUUAUGUCAGAAUUAAUGCUCUUUUUGUUCAGGUGUAAUAUUAUGGCCAUGAUGUAGUAGUAUGCCUUAUUUCAAGUUCAAAGAGUGAGCAGGGUGUCCAGUAGCCUAACAGGCUGUUUUCACUAAAACUCUUUUGUGGUUAAUUUUACGAAUAAGGCGACAGCAAAUGUGAUGUUAAAACACAUUACAUCUGUUAAUUAUUGUGCUAUAUUAUAAAUCAUGUUUUUAGGAAAAUAUUAAUGUUUUUCCACAAAACAAAGA